GGCUUAGAGUCAGUCAGUCGAGUCUUUGCAAUCACAGCAAAACAAGAGUGUUAAAUUAAGUUUGAUUUUUAUUUUUAUUAUUAUUAUUAUUAUUUUGUAAAAGUAUUUUAUACUUGUUAAACGUAAUUUUGUGUUAGAAGACUCCAAAUUAGAAACAAAAAAAUAAAUAAAACAAAGAUGAAGAGUUUAGUGCUGUUCUGUGCCUUGAUCGUUGUGGCCCUAGCCCGUCCUCAGGAUAAAUAUACCACAAAAUAUGACAAUAUUGACAUAGAGGAAAUCCUAAAUUCAGAGCGUCUCUUCAACAACUACUUCAAGUGUCUCAUGGACAAGGGACGAUGCACUCCAGACGGAAGUGAAUUGAAACGUAUCCUUCCUGAUGCCCUUGAGAGCAAUUGCGCCAAAUGCAGUGAUGCACAGCGUCGAGGAGCGGAGCGUGUUCUGCGGUUUGUCAUUGACAAAAAGCCCGAUCAGUGGAAGCAGCUUCAGGAGAAAUAUGACCCUCAAAAUGUCUACGUUACCCAAUACAGAGAACAAGCAAGAAGUAUGGGAAUCAAUAUUUAAAUACCUUCACACUGCAAGGCUUAUUCUUCCUCAAAUCCACACCUUCUAUGGAUGGUCACAGCUUUUAAUUUCAGUUUAUAAUCUUCCCUUCCUGCUUCAACACACCAACUGCACUUCUUCAAUAACAAAUUUAUAUCCUGUUUUAUGAUUAUUUUUUAUGCAAUUACAGCAACUAUAUAUUCACUUAAUAUACCCUACACCCCCCCUACACCCCCACCCAACCCCCCAAAAAAAAACCAAAAAUGUUUAGACCAAAAAUACUCAAAAUUUACCACCUUUCUUACAGACCUAUAAGAUGCCGAAUCACCGAUGAUCCUUCAUGUGAAGCAAAAAAAAACCAUAUCAAAAUUUAAUUACAUUCAUUAAAUUUGGUUAAUUGUAUAAACUCAACUGUUAUCGCUACUGUUUUGCCCCAUUUUUUUUGUUAAUAAACCAACUCUCUAUUUUCAUAUUUUCAA